CAACAACAACAACAAUCAUCACAUGAUAAUCAACAUCGUUCAUCAUCAUUAUGUUUAAGCGAUAUUCGUAUGACACAAUUGCUUGAUGAAAUCAAUUCACUAACCGAUUCAUUGCAGAAGAAUUUUUCUUCAUUACCUGAAAAUGUUGAUAUCAAUAAUAAUAAUAAUAAUCAUAAAUCAAAUGAAAAAACAAAAGCGGCAACAACAACAGCAACAACACAUGAUGAAGUACAAAGACGUACAAUAAUUAAACGGAAAAAGAUUCCCGUCCGAAGUGAUUUAUUCAACAUAUCAUUCAAUAAUGAUGAUAAUGUUAAUAGUUUAGAUGACAAUACUGAAACGAAUCACCUCCCAUCAACGUCCACAUCAACUAAUGAUGUGUUGAAUUCAAAGAAAGAUAAACCAAUAACAAGCAGUGGGGAUUCUGGUGUUUUUCUAAUGGCAUCACAAAAAUCUGUUUUUGAUAAUGAUGGGGAUGGUAAUCGAGAAAAUUCCGAUUUAAGCAUGAAGAAUAAAUCAGAAAUUGAUGAAAUUCCAACUACAAGUAAAGAAGCAAUUAAAUCUGAUAAUAAAACGAUUGUCAACACCAAACAAAUAGCCAAUGAUGAGCCGCCAAAAUUACCACCACGUAAACCAUCUAGAUCAGAUGUAAUUCCUACCGGAAUGGAUAGAGUUGAAACAAAUAAUGAGCGAUUAGAGAUUGAACAUUUACAUAAUGAUACAUUAUCAUUACAACGUAGUGGAUACCUAUGGAAAACUGGACCAAAUUAUAAAAGUUUCAAAAACAGAUGGUGUGUACUUUACCGUCAUAGCCAGAAUUAUUUUGAUGCCAAUUUAUCAUAUUAUUUUAAUCGAUCAUCAAUGUCGGCUUCGUUGAGUGGUAAAAUUUUAUUAGCCGAAAUUGAAUUCAUUUCAAUAACAGAAACAAUUCCGGUAAAAACGCGUUUGCCAAAAAUUGAAAAGCCAGCAAGUAAUCUUCGUUCAUCAAAAUCAUUAAUUGAAUAUAUGAAUAGUAAUAACCACAAUAAUAAUAUUGCUGAUAACAAUGAUCUGGGAAAUGGUGGAAAUCAUUCGUUAUGUUUCUUUGAAAUCGGUGUCAAAACCAGACAAGGUCGAAUCUAUUUAUUUGCUGCACGAUCCGAUACUGAUCGUCAACAAUGGAUACAUGCAUUCGUUCAGGCAACGACUUUACAUGCAUUCAAAAAUAAAGAAAUUUAUCAUUGUGGAUUUGUAAAAGCAAAAUUCACCAUAACAGCUGAAUGGCAAAUUUGUUUUGCACUACUUACAACCGAUAGAUUUUUCUACGUAUUCGAAUUGGGACAGAAUAGUUCAACAAUACCGACAUUAGAAUGUGAACGAUAUCAUAUAUUUAAUCUGAGAAAAACGGUUCGGCUUAGCAGAAUGGAUGAGAAAAGUUCGAUGAACGAUGAAAUUGGCAGUCAAAUUAAUCGUAAAAAUAGUGAUUCGUCUAGAGAAUGUUGUGCUAUUGAUUGUAAAUAUGGAUUCAGUCUAACACAAAACGGAGGUCACGUCGUAUAUCUCGUAAGCUCAUUCGAAUCUCAUAUUAAUCUCUGGUAUCGAUCCAUAUGGAGAUUUUGGUUAGUUCCUCGACAGCCACCAGAGAAAUUAAUUCUAGAAGAACAAUAUCUAACAAAAGAUGACGUGCCGAUAGCAAUCGACAAGUGCCUAAAGUUUCUCGACACAUUUAACCAAACUGGCCUAAAUCUUUUUGGUCCCAUGCAGGAUUCCAUACAUGAACAUACAGCAAUCACGAUUCAGAAUUCAUCGCCUAAUGAAAAGCCAAAUGAGCCAAUUUCACGGAAUCGCCUGCCAGGUUAUUUAGCUACAACCCCAAUGCUGGCCGAUAUGGACUUAUGGACACAACAGAAUAUUCUUACUCAACUUCGAUUCGACUCAUGGAAUAUACAUUUGUUACCACAAAAAUAUAAUGCUUGUCAGAUAAGCCAACUAAUGUUGCUUUAUCUACGAUCUAUGAACGAAUGUCUAUUCACUGAAGCAUUGCUGCCAUAUUGGAUAAAAUUGUGGAAAACAAUAAACAAAAUAGACGAAUCCGAUAAUUCCGAUUCGGAUUCAAUUGACUCUAAAAAUGAACAAAUAAAACGUCUGUUGAAAUUUAUGCCACCGGUUAACUAUGCUCUACUCAGACGUUUCAUCAUUUAUCUCGCCAACGCAAUACACAAUAAUGAAGAAUAUUCUCUGUCGACUUCAUUAUGCAAAACACUAUUUUUUUCUAAACCGAAUAAGACACCCAUCUCGGUGUCGGUUGCACGAUCAAUAAUGAUGGCAUUGAUUCAGAAUCAUGUAUGGUUAUUCGAUGUGACCAAGGAGGAAUUGGAAAAAGAAUUGCAUAUCAAACGUGUGGUCAAUCUAAUCAUUAGCCAGAAUCGUAAACAAAGUGCGAAAAAACAAUCUGGGCAGAAAAUGAAAAUAAAUCGAAUGAAUAAUUUUAUUGGUGGCGAACAUAUGAUAGCAAUUGCUAAUAAAGGCUAUCAUGGUGAUGAUAGGACAAGAGUGAAUUCAUUGAUCAUCGGCAUUAAAGUGACAGCAUGGCCGGAUAAUAAGCAAAUUAAUGUAAAUGUGCAUAUAAAUCGUAGCACUACAGCGAAUGAAAUAUUUGAGAUGAUUCUGGAAAAAGUAAAACUUGAUGAUAAUGAAGAAAUUCUGAAUAGCUAUUCAGUGUUUGAAGUAAUUUGCAAUCGUCGUCUUGAACGCAUCAUAAUGGGUAAAGAAAAGAUUUUGCCUUUAAUACUUUGCUGGUCAAAUUGGCCAUCACAUUGGUCUAUGGAUGCUUGUAUUGAAAUAAAGCCAACGGAACGAUUGCUGAGGGGUCAGCCGGACCAUAAAAUGAACAAGUUACCAAAUUUAAAAGUCAUUCAAUUUGAAAAUGAAUCAUUGAAUGUAACGCCAAUCAUGUUAAUGUCAGUGAUACGAUAUUGCGGACAAAGUGAUACACGUUCGGUCAAACAUGUAUUGGCCGAAUUUUCAUCAUCACAAUUGUUUCUAUAUUGUAAAGAAACACAUCAUUUAUUAAGCCAAUAUGAACUGGAUGAAAUCUAUUGGUACGUUGGUAUCGAAUCUGGAAAUGUAUUCCAGAAUGCUACACCAAUUAAAUGCCAGACAAUUGUAGCAGAUCCGGAUGAAGCGACUGCAUUGGUAGUUUCAAGUGGUUCAAAUUCAAAUAUGAGUGGAUCUACCAAAUCUGCCGGAUCUACAAAGGCAAUCCGCCGUCAUCAACAACCACAUUCAUCGACGGUAGCUAGUGUCAGUAAUCAAAUACCAACAGUCCCAACCACAUUAGUUGAAUGCCAAAUAACUAGUACUAAUAGUAUACCCGCCUUAACAUUCAUCGAACGACAUCGAAUUAAAUCCCGACAAAGUCAUGAACGUCGUAAUUUUGGACAAACAUUGGUAUUUAAUAGCUGGAUCGAGUUGGAUCAAUGGAUUAAAGGAUUGUUAGAAGCAAGUUUACAUAGAGAAUUGUUUGAAAUUUAAAUUUUUUUCAAACAGAAUAAAGAUGGCAACAAUAAUUCUGUUAUGUAAAUCGAAUUUUAUAAAAGAAUUUGAAUAAAAAGAAUUUUUUUCGUGAAA